AUGAAUAUGUUGGAUGAUGAAGAUGACCAAAGCUUUCACGCUACGCGUGACGGCUACUCCCAUUUGAGCGAUGUCGAAUGGGAUGCGGUUGAACGAAUGGGUUCGACCAUGGGCAUCCAUGCUGUUAUCGUCAUGCUAGAGGCUCUCAAUAGAGAUGCCCAACAUGCUACUAUCGCCAAGUUCAUUCAAAAUGAACUUGACGCUGAACGCGAGAAAGUAGCCUUGCUUCACCAACAAGGUUCUCAACAAGCAGAGUUGUUGAGAGAACAAGGUGCUCAACAGUUUGAACUGUUGAGACAGCAGCAGGCUGCUGCUGGCGGGUCGAUGCACUCGCGUCGACCCGAGACUUUGAAGAUUGACAUCUCCAAGUAUAGGGGAGUCGAAGAAGACUCCCUCUUGAGAUGA